GCCUCCAACCUCCAGAUCCUCAACCCGCCUGUUAACCUCACAACAUCAUCCAAUCCAGACCUCCCACUCGAUCGCGCAGCGACAGCACCCUCUCCCGUCCAUGGGCAAGAUGCGCGCGCUCUUCUCCCGCAGCCGCAGCGGCGGCCGCGCCAGCCGCUCCUCCUCCACCAAGUCAUCGUCGACGCCGCCGUCGCCGGCGCGGUCGCCCUCUGUGCGGGAGGACGAGAUGGAGCGCGUGUUCCGCAAGUUCGACGCCGACGGCGACGGCAGGAUCUCGCGGGCCGAGCUGGCGGCGCUGUUCGAGAGCGUGGGCCACGCGGUCACGGACGACGAGGUGUCGCGCAUGAUGGAGGAGGCCGACUCGGACGGCGACGGCUACAUCAGCCUCGCCGAGUUCGCCGCCAUCAACGCCGCGCCCGACGCCGCCGUCGAGGAGGACCUCCGGCACGCCUUCCGCGUCUUCGACGCCGACGGCAACGGCGUCAUCUCCCCCGCCGAGCUCGCGCGCGUGCUGCGCGGCCUCGGCGAGGCCGCCACCGUCGCGCAGUGCCGCCGCAUGAUCGAGGGCGUCGACCGCAACGGCGACGGCCUCGUCUCCUUCGACGAGUUCAAGCUCAUGAUGGCCAACGGCAAAGGCUUCGGCCUCGCCCAGGCCAACGUCCGCGCCUGAACCAACCUCAAGACGUGCACUCGGCUACCGGUCGCUUGUUUCCUUCAUUCUUUUGCGAGACCCUGUAAAUACCACCGCCAAAUACUUACUACGUGCUCUAUUAGCUAGUCGCAGAUCACACGAACAUUAUCGGUGUGCCAUUAUUUUGCUGUGUAUAUAUAAUGUAUCGGAACUGUCGGAUCGACACUGAAGAAUAAUCCUCCAUGUCGAUUUUUAUGUCAGCUUGUGUAUUUGGCGUCA